CUUCAAUCGCGGCACUUCCUGAAACAGGGGAAGUUUCAAUUUGAGUGAAAGAACAAAAUCUGGUUGUUUUUCCUUCGUAGCUAUUUUACAAUCCUUCUUCAAACCUAAACCUCAAACCCCCAAUCGAAUUCCAUUGUUUUCUUUCUCCUCCCUCGAUCUUUUCCGGUUUCCUAGAUGGAGGAAGCCAGAGAGUCUCUCACUUCCAUCAACGGCGAUUUCGGCUUCGGCGGCGCCACCGAUCGCCGAUUCGCCUUUUCGCGCCAAUCUUCCUUCCAACAUCCUCACACGCCCUCUUCCUUCCAACCACCUCACACGCCGAUAGACAUUCCCGCACACGGCCUGCACCACCACCUCUACUGGUCCGCGCAUGACGAUAAGCCCUCCGCCUCGCUCCAUAAAUCGUCCUUCUCCUCCUUCGUUUUCUCCGUCUUCCGCAACGUUAGGUCUGGAAACAGGUUUAUGAAGAGGCUCUUCCUGAUGAUCUCGCUCAAUGUCGCGUACUCCACUGCCGAAUUGCUCAUUGGCCUCUUCACAGGCCGCAUAGGUUUGGUGUCUGAUGCGGUUCACUUGACUUUUGGAUGUGGUCUUCUUACAUUUUCGUUAUUUGUUAUGGCUGCGUCUAGGAAAAAAGUCGAUCGAGAGUAUACUUAUGGGUAUAAAAGGCUAGAAGUCUUGUCUGCAUUUACAAAUGCCCUGUUUCUUUUGUUUAUGUCAUUCUCCCUAGCAGUUGAGGCCCUUCAUGCCUUCAUACAAGAUGAAUCAGAGCAUAAGCAUUACUUGAUUGUUUCUGCAGUGACCAAUUUAUUUGUGAAUCUCGUUGGUGUGUGGUUCUUCAGAAACUAUGCUCGGAUUAAUCUUGCUUACAGAAAUGCAGAAGAUAUGAAUCACCACUCUGUUUUCCUGCAUGUUCUUGCAGAUUCCAUUCGCAGUGCAGGUCUGAUAUUGGCAUCCUGGUUGUUGUCCAUCAGGGUUCAGAAUGCAGAAGUCUUGUGUUUAGGACUUGUUUCUGUUGCAGUUUUUAUUCUUGUUCUGCCUCUCUUUAGGGCAACUGGUGGUAUCUUGCUCCAAAUGGCACCUCCUAGCAUCCCAACUACUGCUUUUAACAAAUGCUUGAGACAGAUUUCUGCUCGGGAAGAUGUAAUGGAAGUCUCCCAGGUUCGUUUUUGGGAAUUAGUACCAGGUCAUGUGGUUGGUUCACUUGUAGUGCAGGUAAAGAAAGGGACAAACGAUCGGCCAAUACUAGAAUUUGUGCAUGGCCUAUACCAUGAUUUGGGUGUACAGGACCUUACGGUGCAGACUGAUGAUGCGUGAGACUCUCCUUACAAUUUUAUGCUAAUAGUUAUUACUAAGGAUUGUAUACGCAUUUUUGUCAUUGUUUAUUACCGGUGGAAAGAAUGGUAACGUGAUUUCUAAUUUAAAGCGAUUAUUGAUUUUUAA